UGGAAUAGGAGCCACUCCUUAGGGGAGCUGUGAGGUUGAACAAGAGAGCGAAAGCAUGGAGUCUUCCAAGACCUUCAUGAGAAAGAUGCCAAUCACACCAGGCUACAGUGGCUUUGUGCCGUACCUCAGCUGCCAGGGAUCCACCAGCGAGGACGACCCGUUCAGCUGUCUGAAAACCUUCCAGGAGAACACGCAGCGAUACAAAGACCAGCUGGAGGAACUUCGCUGCUCGGUGGCCACUGCCCGGAAGCUGAAGCCCAUCUGCUCCCAGGACACUGUCCUGCGGACGCUGCACCAAUACUACAAGCAGUACCACCCCAUGAGUCUGGAAUCUAAAUAUAUAAAGAAACCUCUCCAGGAGCCCCCCAUCCCUGGCUGGGCAGGCUACCUACCGAGAGCCAAGGUCACUGAACUUGGCUGUGCCGCACGGUACACAGUCAUGGCCAGAAAUUGCUACAAGGACUUCCUGAACAUUGUGGAGCAGAGCAAGAGAGCACAGCUGAAACCAUAUGAGGAAAUAUAUAGCAUUAGCUCCACACAACCUCCACCACCUCCUCCUCCAAAAAUUUUACAGCAUGAUGGGCUCCUGCCAAAAUAUCCAGAUUUCUCCAUUCCAGAUAGAAGCUGUCCUAUCCUUGGAAGACACCUGAGAGAAGAUCUCAGACCUCCAGUGGUGUGUGGCUGUACCCAGAAGCCAAAUAUGCCAUGUAAUGGGAAGGUUUAUCUGGAACCACUUUCCCCAGCAAAGUAUGCAGAAGGCUAGGAGGGUUGAGGCUUCGGAAGUGAAGCCCUAAGGUGAGCUCACAGGCCUGCUAUGCUCACGCCAGGAUCAGCCCUUCACCCACACUCCUCCCAAUGAUCGGGAAAUUUAACCCCUGAAGAAUCCUAACCACUGCCUAUGCCCUGAGCAGAUGGCAAUG